AUGGCGCGUUUUGGAAAAAAUUUAGUAUUUCUUGCAUACUUUAAAGACAAAGAUCAGUUGGACGCAGCUAUGGCAUUAGACAAAGGAACAGACGAUACUUGGAUUAUUCAUGGUAAGGGUUUGGGCAAUCAAUCGGCAGAGAUCUCAAAAAGGGUCUCAAGUAGAGAUUUGGUCAGCACUACGCCAAGAAAUAAUGGAAAAGCAAUGCCUGCAACAAAAGAACAAGCUAUGGCCACGUCGACAAUUAUAGAUAACGUUAGUACAGAUGAGGUGGUUGACGUAGUAAAUAAAUAUAGGAAAAAUUUAUUAGAUGAAGUUCCACAAAAUAUCACGUCAACAUCAAUAAAAGAUUACGCCUCGCCAGAGAAAGUUGUAGACAUAGUAUUGGAUUUAAGAGCAGAAAUAAAUAAAGAGUUGUCACAGGAUGAAAAAGAUGACGAAAAAUGGAUUGACCGAUGUAGAAAUGGAUAUGCCGUGCUAGUUACGGAUUUAAAAGAAAGAAAGAAGAAGAUGGAGGAAGCAAGGGUGGAACGUGAUACGCUACAAAAGAAAGUGGACGAAGCUCAAAACAAAGAGCAAGAAACAAAAUCCACCAAAAAUAUUAAACAGGUGUUAAAAGAAGCAAAAGAAGCUGCAGAACAACGGAAAUGCUUAAGAAAGAAACAAGGUGACCGUGUAAUGGAGGAAGAGGGAAUAGAAAGUGAUAGUGAUGAAGAUGAAGAAGAUCAAAUGGUGUUGUGUGGUACUUUAAGGGGAUCGUGGGUUGACCGAGCGGUAGGCCGAAGCGCCCGGUAUGGAGAGGUUGAAUCAGUGCUUGCACUGGUUACUUCAAUGUGA